UAUGCCAGCACACACUACUGUCAACUAUAUCGUCAAUCCUAAUCGACUUUCAUCACCACCAGCCAGAGAUCAGACCCGACCCGAGUCCGUGAUCGGAGGACCCGAAAUGGCGCGGAAGAAGAUCAGAGAGUACGAUUCGAAGAGACUGCUGAAGCAGCACUUGAAGCGAGUCGCCGGAAUCGACCUCCAGAUCAACUCGGCUCAGGUGACGGAGGCGACCGACUUCACCGAAUUGGCCAACAACGAGACAUGGCUGUCGUCGACCAGACUCGUCGUCAAGCCGGACAUGCUGUUCGGGAAGCGCGGGAAGAGCGGCCUCGUCGCGCUCAAUUUGGACAUGGCUCAGGUCGCCGACUUCGUCAAGCAGCGUCUCGGUAAGGAGGUUGAGAUGGGAGGGUGUAAGGCGCCUAUAACGACGUUUAUAGUGGAGCCGUUUAUGCCUCAUGACCAAGAGUUUUACCUCUCGAUUGUAUCCGAAAGGCUUGGAAGCACGAUAAGCUUUUCGGAGUGCGGAGGUAUUGAAAUUGAAGAGAAUUGGGACAAGGUCAAGACUAUUUUUCUUCCAACCGAGAAGUCUCUGACGAAUGAGGCUUGUGCUCCGCUGAUUGCUACUCUUCCACUGGAGGUCAAGGAGAAAAUUGGAGAUUUCAUAAAAGCCGUAUUUACUGUAUUUCAGGAUUUGGAUUUUAGCUUCCUGGAAAUGAACCCGUUUACCUUGGUUAAUGGUGAACCUUUUCCAUUAGAUAUGAGGGGGGAGCUAGAUGACACUGCGGCUUUCAAGAACUUCAACAAAUGGGGUAAUGUGGAGUUUCCACUGCCUUUUGGCAGAGUUUUAAGUCCAACAGAAACAUUUAUUCAUACUUUGGAUGAAAAGACAAGUGCGUCCUUAAAAUUCACAGUGCUGAAUCCAAAAGGACGCAUCUGGACCAUGGUAGCUGGAGGUGGUGCAAGCGUUAUUUAUGCUGAUACUGUUGGAGAUUUGGGUUAUGCAUCAGAACUUGGAAACUAUGCAGAGUAUAGUGGAGCUCCAAAUGAAGAAGAGGUGUUGCAAUAUGCAAGAGUAGUGAUUGAUUGUGCAACAGCAAAUCCAGAUGGUCGUAAAAGAGCUCUUCUGAUUGGAGGUGGUAUAGCUAAUUUCACAGAUGUUGCUGCUACAUUUAAUGGAAUUAUUAGAGCGCUGAAGGAGAAGGAAUCCAAGCUCAAAGCGUCGAGAAUGCAUAUAUAUGUAAGAAGGGGUGGUCCAAACUAUCAAACUGGUUUGGCAAAGAUGCGUGCAUUAGGAGAUGAACUUGGUGUUCCUCUUGAGGUUUAUGGGCCUGAGGCAACUAUGACAGGAAUUUGUAAGGAAGCAAUUGAUUGCGUCAUGAGUGAAUAAUAAGAAGCUUCUUUUGUGAAUCUUUGUAAGAAAAUUGUGUAUUGUGGUUUGGAAAAAAUAAAAAUUGUGUAUUCUGAGUUUGUCUUGGAAUAUGUCCGCAAGUGAAUAAUCUUGACUUUCCAAGACAUGCAUUUCACAUAUUUCCUUCUGCUACUUUGAUUUGAGGAUCAAGACUCAGAAAAUUGCAUAAGCAGUCAAUUACCAUGUUUUAGAUGUCUUGUUUGAAUAAAUGGUUGCAUUCCCA